CAGCACGCCAAAGCUGACACCUUGUGGCGUCAAACGUGUUUCUCCGACCGCGUGAUGCGGUUCUAUGUUGUCUCGAGGGAUAGAGGAGCGGUUUAGAGUGUGAAAACCGAGCGAGCGAGCCGCGGUUGUCACGCUUUUCGCUCAAGUGAAAAACGCUCCCACGCGCAGUUAGCAAAGGGAAAGGCAAUCACCCCCAAAAUGGAGCUCGUCGACGGGGCGGCGGUGGGCAGCGACGACGUGCUCGACUACUCCCACUCGAACUUGAACACGUUCGCCGUGGACGGCGUCAGCGACGAGAAGAAAAAAGACACCAAGCACCUGUACCUGAACAGCAACCGGCUGCCCUCGUUUCCCUCUUCGGUCACCCACUUCUCCAACCUGCAGCUGCUGGACAUCAGCAACAACAACCUGUCGGCCAUCGGCGAGGACAUCACGCGGCUGGCGAAUCUCAGGACUCUCGUAGCCAAGAACAACCGCCUGAACGAGUUCUCGCUCCCCAAGGGCUUCUGCUCCAUGCAGCUGGAGGUGCUGAACUUGAGCGGCAACCGCUUCGAGCAGAUCCCGUUGCAGUGCACCAAACUCCGGCGUCUUAAGUCGCUGUCGCUCGGCGGGAACCGACUGAAAAGCAUCCCCGCCGGGAUCGAAAACUUAACCAGUCUGGAGAUGUUGUACCUGGGUGGAAACUUCAUCUCGGCCAUUCCCGCUGAGGUUGCCAACUUGCCCCACCUGAGCUACUUGGUGCUGUGCGACAACCGCAUUCAAAGCGUCCCACCGCAGCUCACCCGGCUGCGCUCGUUGCGCUCGCUGAGCCUCCACAACAACCUGCUGACGUACCUGCCCCGCGAGAUCGUGAGCCUGGUGCACCUGCAGGAGCUCAGCCUCCGCGGGAACCCGCUGGUGGUGCGCUUCGUCAAAGAGCUGAUGUACGACCCGCCCUCGCUGCUGGAGCUGGCCGGGCGCACCGUCAAGAGCAGGAAUGUUCCCUACUCGUCGGUGGACUUGCCCUCCCACCUGCUCAAGUACUUGGACCUGGCCAGCAAGUGCCCCAACCCCAAAUGUGCCGGCGUGUACUUCGACUCGUGCGUGCGGCACAUCAAGUUCGUGGACUUCUGCGGCAAGUACCGGUUGCCGCUCAUGCACUACCUGUGCUCGCCCGAGUGCACCACGUCGCCGUGCAGCUCCAACCCGCAGAGCGACGCCGAGUCGGAGGACGAGAACAGCGUGCCUGCCGACCGCCUCCAGAGGGUGCUGCUGGGCUAGGACCGAACCGCCUCCAUCGCGGCCCUGACAUGUACGCCAUUUUUAUGCACAAUUUCUACUUAUAGUAUACACAAUUAGUUCAGAAUCAAGGGACCAUAUAUAUAUAUAUAUAUAUUAUAUA